GAAAAACAUAUUAUGAUAAGUUGUGUAGAUUUGUUGAAUAUAAAUUUUAUAGAUCUUUUGGGAAUGAUAUGGCUUUCACAAGAUUUAGUUAUGUACUUGAUGAAGAAGUCAAAUGAAACUUAUUUGACUACUAAGAAUGAACAGGCCGUCAGUAAUAUUGAGAUUAAUCAACACGAACAAAGUAUCUAUUAUUUACAUAAUUUCGCAUCGCUUGUGCAAUCAGAAUUCUACGGUCCAAGGAAUGAUGACCUAGAUAUAGAGUCAACAGCAAUGUCACGGAGUUCUAUAGGAGAAUUAUAUGACACAGUAGAUAUUUUAAGAGAUGAAAUAGCAUUUCAUAGUCCUAAUUUAUAUAAUAUUUUUGAAUUCAAAAAUGGACAAUGUGUACAAUGUAAUAAAUUUAAUAAUUCUCGAGUUUGGUGUUCAAAGUGUGAUCCAAUAAUACCUUCUGCUUCGUGUGUAUUG